GGCGGGGGAAAGCCUUCACCUGGCAGGGCCCGGUCCGGGUGCUGGGCCCGGUCCGGGUGCUGCACCCGGCUGCGGGACAGGGCUUGGGCUUCCGCCGCCCGUCACCGGGGAUGCUCCCUGCCCGGCUCAUUCAGUACAGGGAGAGCGGCUCAAGCGACAGCCGCUGUGUCCUUUCCCGGAGAAGGCACCAGCUCUCCCCUGAAAUAUCCGUGAAGGGAUACGGAGGGAGGGAUUUUUCUGAGGGGAAUGAGACUUCAAGCCGGUUUCUGACGUGACUUGACGAGGGCCACUCUUUGGGGGCAUGUGGUGGCCCCCCUUGCUGGCCGCCUGCCUGGCCUGGGCCGGUGAGGCCGGGGCUGGGCAGCCGGAACCGCUCUGCUCCUCCCGCGGGCUCUACCGGGCUCCCGCCCGCCCCAACACCUCGGUGCCUCAGCCGGGGCAGUGCCCGCCGGAGCGGCGGGAGGCGGACAUGUGCGCAUGGCCCCUCUCCUCCGACAGCCUCCGAGAUCCCUUUCCAAUUGAUGUUAUUCAAGAAAAUUAUGUCCGGAAUGUGAGAAACUGCAUUUUUUCUAUUGUCUAUCCUAUACCUUUUAAAUCAAGAGUUCGUCUUGUAGCUGUUUCAAAGGAAGUUCUUGAAAAUAUUUUGGAUCUUGAUGUAUCUGUCAAAGGAACAUCUGAUUUUCUUCAGUUUGUCAGUGGUAGGAAAAUGAUUCUUGGGUCUGUUCCAUUGGCCCACAGAUAUGGGGGUCACCAGUUUGGUAGCUGGGCAGGUCAGCUGGGUGAUGGAAGAGCCCACUUGAUCGGAGUAUAUACAAACAGGAAUGGUGAGAGGUGGGAACUACAGCUAAAGGGGUCAGGAAAGACCCCAUACUCCAGGGAUGGUGAUGGAAGAGCUGUGCUUCACUCUUCUGUGCGAGAAUUUUUAUGCAGUGAGGCUAUGCACUACCUUGGAAUUCCUACAAGCAGAGCUGCUAGCUUAGUUGUAAGUGAUGAUGAUGUGUGGAGAGACCAGUUCUACAAUGGAAAUAUUAAGAGAGAAAGAGGUGCAAUAGUGCUACGUCUUGCCAAAUCAUGGUUUCGUAUAGGAUCCUUAGAAAUAUUAGCUCAUUCUGGGGAACUGGACUUACAAAGAAAAUUGCUAGACUUUAUCAUCCAGGAACAUUUUCCAUCAAUAGCCCUGAAUGAUUCAAAUAAAUAUCUGGAAUUUUUCUCUAGAGUUGUAUCAGAGACUGCAAAUCUGAUCGCAUUGUGGAUGUCUGUGGGGUUUGCACAUGGUGUGUGCAAUACAGAUAACUUCAGUUUACUAUCCAUAACAAUAGAUUAUGGUCCAUUUGGAUUUAUGGAGUCCUAUGACCCAAAUUUUAUUCCAAACACAUCUGAUGAUGAAGGAAGGUAUAAAAUAGGAAACCAGGCAAAUGCUGGGCUGUUUAAUCUGAAUAAGCUGUUAGAAGCUCUAAAACCUUUAUUGGAUCCCAGGCAAAAGCAGCUAGCUUCCCAGAUUUUGGAGGGUUAUGGGGAGGUCUAUUACAUCCGCUUUACAGAACUAUUCAAAACAAAAUUGGGUCUUCUUGGGGAGAAUGAGGAUGACAGCUAUUUGAUUGCUUUCCUCUUAAAACUUAUGGAAGAUACAAAGGCUGAUUUUACUAUGACAUUUCGACAGCUCAGUGAAAUUACUGAAGACCAGUUAAAGAAGCUCCAUAUUCCUGAGGAGUUCUGGGCUCUUCAGGAUCUGGGCAAACAUGAGUUAUUUUCAGAAUGGGUUACUAUGUACCUCUUGAGAUUAAAUCGUAACAAGGGUGAUUAUGACAGCAAGAGAAGAAAAAGAAUGACAACUGUUAAUCCUAGAUACGUACUUAGAAACUGGAUGGCAGAAUCAGCAGUGCAAAAAGCUAAUUUAAAUGAUUUCUCAGAGGUUCAUCUCCUACAGCAGAUUUUACAACAUCCCUUCCAGAGGCAGCAGGCUGCAGAGAAAGAAGGCUACUCCCUGCGCCCUCCAGCUUGGGCCAAGGAUCUUAAAGUAAGCUGUUCAUCCUGAGAGGAAUCUUAACAAGCAGGAAAAAUGAUCAAGGUCAAAGCUCAGGACUUCAAAUACCUUCAAAAUCUUCAAAAAAAUCAAGCCACAGGAGCUUCUCUCCCUUCUAUUUUGUGGACUGGAAUUUGCUAUUCUGCUAGGCAAGACCUUGACCAACUUUAUCAAGUCUAAAGAUUAAAAAAAUGGAUCACAUAGUUACUAUGAUGUAACUAUGGUUACAUCAGCAAAUUGUAUUGGCACUUUUAACUCUGCCCUUCAUAUUCAGUUGUGUGUUAAUUUGAGUCCCACUAUUUGUGUUCUGCCAAACUGUCACAUUUCUCCUCUGAGAAUUCAAGGUUCAUCAGGUGGGUCUCAGUAACUUUUAAUGGCUUUUAAUGGUCAAUUUAAAAUCCAUCUAAGCUAGUUCUAAACAUAGAAUACUUUGAUGGGUGUUCUCCUUGUUGUUACACACUGUCCAAAUAUAAUUGUAUUUUGGAGAUACAGAUGUUCUUAGUUCUUUUGCAGCAUUGUAAGAGGACAUUCUUACAUUUACUUGCAACUUGCAACUUUACCUUGCAACUUUUUCUCUUUUUGACCUUGUGUUGUCCCACUAAACUGUCAACAGAGACUUAAAGGAAAUUCAAUUGAACAAUGAGCAAAGAUGACCAUUUUGGGAGUGACUUGCCCAAAUAAAUCUGGUGUCAGGUGCCUAUCAAGCUUGGCCCACUGCUCUUUGGAAGUGUAUCUCUUGAUAAUAGUAGAAAGAUUAUUGGUGCUUGGAUAUAAUGCCUCAGGGAAUUUUCACUGGUUGGACAUGGAAAAGGACUUUCCUGGAAGUAUCUCACUACCUAUGUAGUCAGGUCAGUACACCUCUUGUAACCAGCCACCUGAUGCUGAAAGGGACUAACAAAAACCUUGUAGGCAAAGUAUUUAAAACUCAACUGAAGCUGUUACACAGAAGUCCUUUGAGUAAGAGAGGCUCUACUCCUUGAGUCCUGGGUCCUGUUUGUCCUUAUUUCAUACUCCCACAUCACAAAACCUGGUGUGCAAUUAAGGCAAAAUUAAUACGUAAGCAAUCAGGUGCAAUGUUAUGCUAGAAAAUGGACAGGGGCUUUGUUUACCUUAUCUUUCCCUAAAUCCAAAAUUGAUUGGUUUAGA